AUGAACGGCAUGAACGGCGGCAACAUGGCCGGCGGCAUGCACGGCCCCACCCCCGCCGGCCACCAUACCGAGCUCGGCUACAUCUACCAGAUGGUCGAGGAGCUGAGCCGCCAGCUGGCCGACAACCAGCGCACCCUGGAGGAGGUUGUGGCCGGCGUGGGGCGUGUGCGAAAUCUAGCGAGGGCACACGCGCUCGGGAACGACGAGGUGAUCGAGUCGGCCGCGGACGAGGCGAAGGCCCAAGAAGCGAACCUCGACACGCUCAUCUCGAUCCUGUCCGAAGCGCUCGAAAAAGCCAAGUUCUCGCGCGACGCCAACGCGGCGCUGCUCAGCCAGUACGCCUCCGCGCUCGCCACCAUGCUGCGGCAGUUCCACGAGUACAAGGCCAAGCACGUGGCCGACGUGGCCGCGUGGCACCGCAGCUACCGCGCGCAGCUGGCCGAGGCGCGCGCCGAGAACUCGCGCCUGCGCGAGCAGAUUUGGGAGAUGCAGGCGCGCGCCGCCGCCGCCAACGAGGCGCUGCGCCGCUUCCGCGCCCGCUACGACGCCGACGAGGCCCGCUGGGAGCGCCGCGUCGACGCCAAGGCCGUGCGCCAGCAGCUGCGCUUCUGGAAGCGCAUGGCCAUGCCCUACCUCGACGACGACGACCCCUGCUGGAGCGACGACGACGACCUGAUCGACGUGGCCGAGAAGAAGCGCCUGGAGGAGCUGCAGCGGUUGGCCUCCGAGCAGCAGCUUGCGGCGGCCGCCGCC